AUUUACAUUCCCUGUCUCAACAACGAAAACAAAAAUAAUAAAUAAAUUUUUUACUUCAACAAUGGCUGCUACUUCAGCUUCUUUGCAAACAAUCUCAUCAUCUUUGAGGAUAUCACGUACCAGCCGAACCACCGCUGCCGCCGGAUCUCCGUCACUACUUUCAUUCAAGAGCUCUGUUAGCCCAGUUUUCUCUCAGAAGCUGACCACUGCCAUGAAAAGCUCUGGCAGCCAAAGAUCGUUGACUGUUAGAAGUCAAGCCACCCCAUCACCAGAUUCUUCAAGACCCGGUAAAGUUCAUGAACUGUGUGUGUAUGAGAUCAAUGAAAGAGACCGUGGCAGUCCAGCGUAUCUCCGGUGGGGUCAAAAACCUGUUAACUCACUUGGCGAUCUUGUUCCCUUCACCAAUAAAGUACUAUUUCUUUUUUACUUAUAACUUUGUAAUUUAAAAAUAUACAAAGGUAAUUAGUGUUUGUUUGAUAUUCUGAGUUUGAUUUAUCAAUUUUUUGAAAACAAUAGGCCUCCAUUUUUUCU